CCGGCCCGCUUCAUUAUUGGUAGUCGCACCAACAAGCGGCUCAGAAAGCCGAAGUCCAGACGGGAUUAUCAACAGCGGAUUCCGCCGAACUGCGGCGAGACAUCUCUGCCUUCGCUUCCCUCCAACAUUCGGACCGUAUUCAUUUUUCCGUCCCGAGCGACGUGAGGAGACAGGGACUGCUCGGCCCUCCUACCAUCUACCGGUACCGUGCAGCAGCCAUCAUCACAGCCUCCCAACUAACGGGAUGACGAGGGAAUCGAGCCUCCUCGCGUACAGACACCAUGAGGCGGCGUUCAAGGGUUCCCAGGAAUUCUUAAACCUGUCGUGGCAGCCACAUGGAGCGCUUUAACUUGUCAUUAGUGAGACUUUCCCAUUGAUCGUGGGAAGCGAGUGAGCCACAGAGGAGAAACUGGGAGCUGGGACUGAUUGAUCCUGCUCUUCAUCUUCACUUCAAAUGAGACGAAUGAGAAAUGUGGUUCACUAAAGUAGUGAUGGAGAUAUUUUUAUUUUUGAUUUGAGUAUUAACCAGAGGUCUAGACCAGCCUUCAUCUGGGUGCAACCUGGGAAGCACAUGCAGUUUGUACUGCAGUGUUGUGUGAAACAGAUAUAUUGUCAGGUCAUCGGGAGACGUUUUGAUUGUUGUGACACCACGAUGGUGGGAGCCACCAUCACCUCAUGCUUCAGGACUACUGCAGUCUAACAGAUAUUCUGGUUCCCCUGCGGGAAACAACGGAUCUGGAGCGUGGUCAUCUGCCAGCGGCAUGGACUACCACGCCGAGUGCUGCUUCUGUGAUCCAGAGGAGGGUCACGGUGUUCCGGACGAGCCAUGGCUCCACAGCAUCCACGCGCCCAACCGGAUCCGCCCAUCCUCGUACCGAGCUCUGAGGAGCGCAGUGUCCAGCUUGGCCCGCAUCGAUGACUUUUUCUGUGAGAAGAUCGGUUCAGGUUUCUUCUCUGAGGUCUUCAAGGUGCAGCAUCGGAUCACAGGACAGGUGAUGGCACUGAAAAUGAACACGCUGGCUAGCAACAAAGCUAACAUGCUAAGAGAAGUUCAGCUAAUGAACCGACUUUGCCACCCCAAUAUACUCAGGUUUCUUGGGGUUUGUGUGCAUGAAGGUCAACUCCACGCUCUGACUGAGGUAAAGCCUUCACCUGUGUCUCUCACCUGUUUGUAUUGUCAUGUUUCUUCAGCUUCUGGAAAAUGCCCAAAGUGACUCACUUUAGCUACUGUACAUUCACAUUACAUGCUGAAGAUACAAGUUUUUAGUUUUCCUUCCAAGGGAGUCU